AUCAACAACAUAUAUGCUUGGAUUUCAAUCUCUCCAUUGAGUGCCUGCCUGCAUGGCUCUCCCUGAAUAAGAUAUUCACACGAUGAAUUCGUUGGCAUUUCUGCGAGGUGCGUUGAGAAACAGUAGCGUUCGCUGCCUGAGCCAUCAAUUCACGCCCACUGUCAGUGGAGGAGCCCGUAAGGCGUGGCUGGACUGCCCCGAUGGACCGGUGAAAGUUCAUGAGGUCAAUGCUAGAUUGACGGAUCUACACGUGACGGCCUCGGCUUUGGCCGGCCUCUCGCUCAAUCAGAUUGAAAUGAGACUACCCUCCUUACUCCCUCGGGAGCAGCCUCUUUCUUGUCCCUCGGAUUCCCGGUCCCGGCGAGUCGAAUCCUUGAUCGUCCCAGAAGUGGAUCGGACCAAGGAGAUCCUGGAACCCGUGCGAGAACCACCCCCGAUCCAACAAGAUCCUCAACCCGAGCAUCAAGUCAAGAAAUACGCCCAUCGAAUGGUCCGCCGCAAGAAGCGCAAGAUCAAGAUCCAUCACAAGAAGAAACGGAGCAAAUUGCAUGCGGCCAAAAUCCGCAAGAAUUUCCUUCAGCUCACCCGACGAGUGGAGUGCCAAUUCCGCAUGGAACUCCUAGCCAAAGUCAAAGUGGCCAAGAAGUUCAAUGCUCAAGUCUUUGUGGAGGAAUACCUGGAGGAUUUACACACGCCUGCCAAACCCUUGACCUAUCAUGGCAAACGAUUGCCCUUAGACGUGGUCCAGGAGCUCUACACGAAAGAUGAAUUGGCCAGCCAGCGGAAAGAGAGCCUGACGCGAGACAUCUUUACCCAGGAACCUUUGAUCGUGCCGGGCGAAACCGUGGCCGACUUCGAAGCCAGAACAAACCUCAAAUGAGUGCUGUUCAAUUUCGGAGCUAGACGCAUUGUCGAAUAAAGCCUUAUCUUGUUUUUGUCUACUAA